UGUGUGUUUAAUUUGUGUGCACCCAAAAGGAGAUAAGCGCGUGCAAAUUGCAGACAGUGUCCACUUGGGUCAUUGCAGCGUGGAGUCGCGCGAGGUUAAGUCUGGGUGUCAGGGCUGUGUGACUAAGGCAGGGCUUUCUUACUUGCCGCGUCGGUGCUGGAAACUUGUGUCCGACGCUGAAGGGCCUUUGCAGAAACGCCGUGCGGUGGGCUGUGUGACCCCAGCCUGGGAGUGGAGUGGCUCCCUCUUGGGGCUGGAAGGCGGUUCUGAGUUGGGGUAAUGGGGGCGGCAGCGGGGGAAGCAUGCUCCUGCGUUUCGUGACACGUUCCUUUUGGAGGCGCCCGCGCCCCCCGCCCUUCUGUCGGUCUCGGGAUCGUGCACGGUGGGGAGGGGUUGGGCUGGCCCCUGGGGGGCGUCAGUCCGCCGGGAGAAAACUCCCUCGAGGUUCCGGCUGGGUCCCACCUGCUGGGGACGGCGUUGGGGCGCAGAUAGAACCGAUAAAUGGAAUGAAAGCAAAGAGCAACGUUGUCUUGUCUUUCUGCUGGAGGAGUUCAGAUGUGUUCUAAGCCUGCUGGAGUGACCACACUUCCAAGACCUGAUGGAGGCCAGAGCUCAGAGUGGCAGCGGGUCACAGCCCUUGCUACAGGCACCCCGUGACGGUGGCAGGCAGCGCGGGGAGCCUGACCCCAGAGAUGCUCUCACCCAGCAGGUACGCGUGUUGUCCCUGGAUCAGAUCAGAGCCCUCCGAAACACCAAUGAGUACACGGAGGGGCCUACCGUGGUCCCGAGACCGGGGCUCAAGCCUGCUCCUCGCCCUUCCGCUCAGCACAAACACGAGCGACUCCAUGGUCUGCCCGAGCACCGCCAGCCUCCCAGGCUCCAGCACACGCAGCUCCAGUCUUCUGCAAGAGCCCCUCUGACCAGGUCCAUCAGCACAGUCAGCUCAGGGUCACGGAGCAGUAUGAGGACAAGUACCAGCAGCAAUUCCUCUGAACAGAGACUGUUAGGAUCAUCUUUUUCCUUGGGGCCUAUUGCCGAUGGAAUAAUCCGGGUGCAGCCUAAAUCAGAGCUCAAGCCGGGUGAGCUUAAGCCGCUGAGCAAGGAAGAUUUGGGCUUGCAUGCCUACAGGUGUGAGGACUGCGGUAAGUGCAAGUGUAAGGAGUGCACCUACCCGAGGCCCCUGCCGUCAGACUGGAUCUGCGACAAGCAGUGCCUUUGCUCGGCCCAGAACGUGAUUGACUAUGGGACUUGUGUGUGCUGUGUGAAAGGUCUCUUCUAUCACUGUUCUAAUGAUGACGAGGACAACUGUGCUGACAACCCAUGUUCUUGCAGCCAGUCUCACUGUUGUACACGAUGGUCAGCCAUGGGCGUCAUGUCUCUCUUUUUGCCUUGCUUAUGGUGUUACCUUCCAGCCAAGGGUUGCCUUAAAUUGUGCCAGGGGUGUUAUGACCGUGUUAACAGGCCUGGAUGCCGUUGUAAAAACUCAAACACAGUUUGCUGCAAAGUUCCCACUGUCCCACCCAGGAACUUUGAAAAACCUACAUAGCAUCAUUAAUCAGGAAUACUACAGUAAUAAGGAUUGUUCCUUUUUUCUUUUUUAAUACACAUAUGCAACCAACUAAACAGUUAUAAUCUUGGCACUGUUAAUAGAGGGUUGGGAUAUUCUUUGCCGUUUGCAGUGAAAUGCUUUUUUGUCCAUGUGCCAUUUUAACUGAUACGCUUGUUAGAACUCGGCUAAUAGAGCUCAAAAUAUGGGAUACAGAACUUGGUGUGACCCACAUAUUGCAUAAGCUAAAGCAACACAGACACUCCUAGGCAAAGUUUUUGUGAAUAGUACUUGCAAAAUUUGUAAAUUAGCAAAUGACUUUUUUUCCAUCGUUUUCUUCAGAGAUAAUGUGCUAUAUUUUUGUAUAUACAAUAAUAUUUGCAACUGUGAAAAACAAGUUGUGCCAUACUACGUGGCACAGUCACAAAAUAUUAUACUAAUAUGUUGUACAUUCGGAAGAAUGUGAAUCAAUCAGUAUGUUUUUAGAUUGUAUUUUGCCUUACAGAAAGCCUUUAUUGUAAGACUCUGAUUUCCCUUUGGACUUCAUGUAUAUUGUACAGUUACAGUAAAAUUCAACCUUUAUUUUCUAAUUUUUUCAACAUAUUGUUUAGUGUAAAGAAUAUUUAUUUGAAGUUUUAUUAUUUUAUAAAAAAGAAUAUUUAUUUUAAAAGGCAUCUUACAAAUUUUGCCCCUUUUAUGAGGAUGUGAUAGUUGCUGCAAAUGAGGGGUUACAGAUGCAUAUGUUCAAUAUAAAAUAGAAAAUAUAUUAACGUUUGAAAUUAAGCUGAGCCGUUUUGUCUUAUUUUACCUUUUCUCUCUGAAGUGAAAAAGAAAACAAUUCUAUGUUAAGGCUAGCCUUUUAAUGAAGUAGUUUCACUUAUCUGUAUGAUUAUUUUUAUCUUAAA